AUAUGAUGGAAGUGAAAGAGGAGAGUCAAGCUGAAGUGGAUGAGAAACAUCAGAUUGUAAAAAUAAAUCAUAAUGUUUCACAGAAAGAAACUCUGAAGACAGAAGACAUAAAGUGUGAAAAUAGUUUCAGUGAAGAUGAACGCCCUGAAGAUCACAAGAGGACUCACAGUGAGGAGAAACCUUUCACAUGUCAACAGUGUGGAAAGAGUUUCGGAAGAAAAGUUAACCUGAAAACACACAUGAGGCUUCACACCGGAAAGAAAAGACACCCAUGCCAUCAGUGUGGAAAGAGUUUUACAACUGCAAGUAACCUUAAGGUACACAUGAGGAUUCACACUGGAGAGAAACCUUACACAUGUCAACAGUGUGGAAAGAGUUUUACAACUGCAGGUAACCUUAAAGGACACGCGAGGAUUCACACUGGAGAGAAACCUUACACUUGUCAUCUGUGUAGAAAGAGUUUCACUUCUGAAAGUAACCUUAAGGUACACGUGAGGAUUCACACAGGAGAGAAACCAUUUGUGUGCCAAGAGUGUGGAAAGAGUUUUGUAACUGCAGUUGAACUUAAGAUACACAUGAGGUCUCACACAGGAGAGAAACCUUACAUUUGUCAUCAGUGUGGAAAGAGUUUCUCUGAUGAAAGUAACCUUAAAAUACAUGCAAGAAUUCACACUGGAGAGAAACCUUACAGAUGCCAUGAGUGUGAAAAAUGUUUCAGAUGCAAAAGUAACCUGAUAACACACAUGAAAAUUCACAAAGGAGAGAAACUUCACGCAUGUCUUCAGUGUGGAAAGUGUUUCAGUAUGAAGCGUGACCUUAAGAGACACAUGAUGACUCACAGCGAAAAGAAACCUCACGCAUGUCUUCAGUGUGAAAAGAGUUUCAUAGAUAAACUUGGACUUGAGACUCACAUGAGAAGUCACACUGGAGAUAAACCUUACAUAUGUCUUCAGUGUGAAAAAAGUUAUAUAAGUGAAAAAAACCUUAAGACACACAUGAAAGUUCACACUGAAGGAAAACCGUUCACUUGUCAACACUGUGAAAGGCGUUUUACAAGGAAAGCUCACCUUAAAGCACACGUGAGAAUUCACACUGGAGAGAAACCAUUCACUUGUCAACACUGUGGAAAGAGUUUUACAAUAAAGGGUGCCCUUAACAAACACAUGAGAAUCCACACUCGAUAGAAAUCAUUCAUGUGUCAACAGUGUGGAUUUGACAACAAAGUUUAUAAAUCAGCUGAGGUCUUAUUAAUAAAACUGUCUGGGGGAUCCUUAAUAAAAGUCUACAUGUGUACAAAUUCCCAA